GAAGCUAAAAAGGUGAAGUUGGCAGCAAUAGAAUUCACUGAUUAUGCCAUUGUUUGGUGGGAUAAAUUGGGUAUUAAUAGGAGGAAUAAUGGAGAGAGGCCUGUAACAACUUGGAGCGAAAUGAAAGCUCUAAUGAAGAAGAGAUUUGUUCCCAACCAUUAUUUUAGAGAGCUUUAUCAAAAGUUGCAGACCCUUACACAAGGUCCUAGGAGUGUAGAGGAGUACAAUAAGGAGAUGGAAUUGGCCAUGAUAAGAGCUAAUGUGCAAGAAGAUAGAGAAGCAACAAUGGCCCGAUUUCUAAGUGGGUUGAACAAAGAUAUAGCUGAUAUAGUUGAAUUGCAUCAUUAUGUAGAACUAGAAGACAUGGUGCAUAUGGCUAUUAAGGUGGAAAAGCAACUCAAGCGAAAAGGUGCUUCAAAAUUUCAUUCUGGAUCAACUUCUUCUUUCAAACAGAAUUGGAAAAAAGGAGAAAAAGCUAUCCAAAAGGAGACCACUAGAGGCAAAGAAGAAGCUUCAUCAAAGAGCAAAGGUAAAUCUGAUUCCCAAACUUCUAGAAAUAGGGAUAUAAAAUGUUUCAAGUGUUUGGGUACAGGUCAUAUUGCUUCUCAAUGCCCCAACAAGAGAGUUAUGAUUCUGAAAAAUAAUGAAGUUGUGACUGAAAGUGAGAGUGAAAGUGAUGACUCCAUGCCCCUACUUGAAGAUGCUAGUGAUGAUGGGAUUGAGUAUGCUGUGGAAGGAGAAUGCCUUGUGGUUAGAAGAGCCUUGAAUUGUCAAGUGAAGGAAGAUGAGUUGAAUGAGCAAAGGGAAAAUAUUUUCCAUACUCGCUGCCUCAUUAAUAACAAGGUAUGUAGUUUGAUAAUUGAUGGUGGGAGUGUUACAAAUGUUGCAAGCACUACAAUGGUUGAGAAAUUACAUUUGCCCACUGUUAGACACCCUAGACCAUACAAGCUGCAAUGGCUGAAUGAAUGUGGGGAGAUUAAAGUUGAUAAGCAAGUUCUUGUUUCUUUUUCAAUUGGGAAGUAUUGUGAUGAAGUAUUAUGUGAUGUUGUUCCUAUGCAUGCUGGACAUAUACUUUUGGGAAGACCUUGGGAAUUUGAUAGAAAGGAAUAUGUUGAUGUGUUCCCAGAGGAGAUUCCACCUGGAUUACCACCCAUUAGAGGAAUUGAGCAUCAAAUUGAUUUCAUUCCAGGAGCAACAAUUCCUAAUAGGCCAGCCUAUAGAAGCAAUCCAGAAGAGACAAAGGAACUUCAAAGGCAAGUGGAAGAGCUCAUGGCAAGGGGAUAUGUUAGAGAAAGCUUGAGUCCUUGUGCUGUUCCGGUACUUUUGGUCCCAAAGAAAGAUGGAACUUGGAGGUUUGUGGUGAGUGCUAAAGGAAUAGAAGUUGAUGAAGAAAAGAUAAGAGCUAUUAAAGAAUGGCCAACACCUAAAAGCAUAACUGAGGUGAGAAGCUUUCAUGGUUUGGCUAGUUUUUAUAGGCGCUUUGUCAAAGAUUUUAGCACACUUGCUGCACCACUCACUGAAGUUAUUAAAAAGUCUGUUGGUUUUAAAUGGGAUAAAGAACAAGAUGUUGCAUUCAUUAGGCUUAAGGAUAAAUUGUGUUCUGCACCUGUAUUAGUAUUGCCUAACUUUAACAAAACUUUUGAGAUUGAAUGUGAUGCAUCUGGAGUUGGAAUAGGAGCUGUUUUGAUGCAGGAAGGAAAGCCAAUUGCUUAUUUUAGUGAAAAGUUGAAUGGAGCAGCCUUGAAGUAUCCAACAUAUGACAAGGAGCUCUAUGCACUUAAAAGAGCAUUAGAGAAUUGGCAACACUACCUUUGGCCUAAACAAUUUGUAAUUCAUACUGAUCAUCAAUCUUUGAAGCACAUUAAGGGUCAAGGUAAGCUGAACAAGAGACAUGCAAGGUGGCUGGAAUUUAUUGAGACAUUUCCGUAUGUCAUCAGAUACAAGAAAGGUAAAGAAAAUGUGGUGGCUGAUGCAUUGUCAAGAAGGAUUGAUGGGUACUUGUUUAAAGAAAACAGAUUGUGUGUGCCUCAAUGUUCUUUGCGAGAAUUACUUGUGAGAGAAGCACAUGGGGGAGGAUUAAUGGGUCACUUUGGUGUGAAAAAGACUUUGGAUGUUUUGCAUGAACAUUUCUUUUGGCCUAAAAUGAAACGUGAUGUGGAAAGAAUCUGUGCUAAAUGCAUAACUUGUAAAAAGGCUAAAUCUAGAGUCUUGCCACAUGGUUUGUACACCCCAUUACCUGUGCCUAGUGAACCUUGGGUAGAUAUAUCAAUGGAUUUUAUUUUGGGUUUACCUAGGUCAAGAAAGGGUAUGGAUUCCAUAUUUGUGGUUGUCGAUAGAUUUUCUAAAAUGGCACAUUUCAUUGCUUGCCAUAAAACUGAUGAUGCCACAUACAUUGCUGAUUUGUUCUUUAAGGAAAUUGUAAGACUUCAUGGUGUUCCUAAAAGUAUUGUUUCUGAUAGGGAUACAAAAUUCUUGAGUCAUUUUUGGAGGAUUUUGUGGGGUAAGCUGGGUACUAAAUUAUUGUUUUCUACUGCUUGUCAUCCACAAACUGAUGGACAAACUGAGGUAGUUAAUAGAACUUUAACUCAAUUGCUUAGAACUGUGAUUCAAAAGAACUUGAAGAAUUGGGAAAAUUGCUUGUCAUUCAUUGAAUUUGCUUACAAUAGGAGUGUGCACUCAUCUACUGAUUAUUCUCCUUUUGAAAUAGUGUAUGGUUUUAAUCCACUAACUCCCUUGGAUUUAUUACCAUUGCCUAUGGUGUGGGUGCAUAUGAGGAAAGAAAGAUUUCCAGCUCAAAGAAAGUCCAAAUUAGCUCCAAGAGGAGAUGGUCCAUUUCAAGUGCUUGAAAGAAUCAAUGACAAUGCUUACAAAAUUGAUUUACUUGGUAAGUAUAAUGUUAGUGCUACUUUCAAUGUGGCUGAUUUAUCUCCUUUUGAUGCAGGUGAUGAUUCGAGGUCGAAUCCUUUUGAGGAGAGGGGGAAUGAUGCGAUACAGCAAGCUAACUCCUCAACUUCCAAUGAUCCAUUGCAAAUCCCAACUGGACCAAUCACAAGAGCAAGAGCUAAAAGAAUUAAGGAAGCUUUGAGUGGGCUAGAAGCUAAAAAGGUGAAGUUGGCAGCAAUAGAAUUCACUGAUUAUGCCAUUGUUUGGUGGGAUAAAUUGGGUAUUAAUAGGAGGAAUAAUGGAGAGAGGCCUGUAACAACUUGGAGCGAAAUGAAAGCUCUAAUGAAGAAGAGAUUUGUUCCCAACCAUUAUUUUAGAGAGCUUUAUCAAAAGUUGCAGACCCUUACACAAGGUCCUAGGAGUGUAGAGGAGUACAAUAAGGAGAUGGAAUUGGCCAUGAUAAGAGCUAAUGUGCAAGAAGAUAGAGAAGCAACAAUGGCCCGAUUUCUAAGUGGGUUGAACAAAGAUAUAGCUGAUAUAGUUGAAUUGCAUCAUUAUGUAGAACUAGAAGACAUGGUGCAUAUGGCUAUUAAGGUGGAAAAGCAACUCAAGCGAAAAGGUGCUUCAAAAUUUCAUUCUGGAUCAACUUCUUCUUUCAAACAGAAUUGGAAGAAAGGAGAAAAAGCUAUCCAAAAGGAGACCACUAGAGGCAAAGAAGAAGCUUCAUCAAAGAGCAAAGGUAAAUCUGAUUCCCAAACUUCUAGAAAUAGGGAUAUAAAAUGUUUCAAGUGUUUGGGUACAGGUCAUAUUGCUUCUCAAUGCCCCAACAAGAGAGUUAUGAUUCUGAAAAAUAAUGAAGUUGUGACUGAAAGUGAGAGUGAAAGUGAUGACUCCAUGCCCCUACUUGAAGAUGCUAGUGAUGAUGGGAUUGAGUAUGCUGUGGAAGGAGAAUGCCUUGUGGUUAGAAGAGCCUUGAAUUGUCAAGUGAAGGAAGAUGAGUUGAAUGAGCAAAGGGAAAAUAUUUUCCAUACUCGCUGCCUCAUUAAUAACAAGGUAUGUAGUUUGAUAAUUGAUGGUGGGAGUGUUACAAAUGUUGCAAGCACUACAAUGGUUGAGAAAUUACAUUUGCCCACUGUUAGACACCCUAGACCAUACAAGCUGCAAUGGCUGAAUGAAUGUGGGGAGAUUAAAGUUGAUAAGCAAGUUCUUGUUUCUUUUUCAAUUGGGAAGUAUUGUGAUGAAGUAUUAUGUGAUGUUGUUCCUAUGCAUGCUGGACAUAUACUUUUGGGAAGACCUUGGGAAUUUGAUAGAAAGGAAUAUGUUGAUGUGUUCCCAGAGGAGAUUCCACCUGGAUUACCACCCAUUAGAGGAAUUGAGCAUCAAAUUGAUUUCAUUCCAGGAGCAACAAUUCCUAAUAGGCCAGCCUAUAGAAGCAAUCCAGAAGAGACAAAGGAACUUCAAAGGCAAGUGGAAGAGCUCAUGGCAAGGGGAUAUGUUAGAGAAAGCUUGAGUCCUUGUGCUGUUCCGGUACUUUUGGUCCCAAAGAAAGAUGGAACUUGGAGGUUUGUGGUGAGUGCUAAAGGAAUAGAAGUUGAUGAAGAAAAGAUAAGAGCUAUUAAAGAAUGGCCAACACCUAAAAGCAUAACUGAGGUGAGAAGCUUUCAUGGUUUGGCUAGUUUUUAUAGGCGCUUUGUCAAAGAUUUUAGCACACUUGCUGCACCACUCACUGAAGUUAUUAAAAAGUCUGUUGGUUUUAAAUGGGAUAAAGAACAAGAUGUUGCAUUCAUUAGGCUUAAGGAUAAAUUGUGUUCUGCACCUGUAUUAGUAUUGCCUAACUUUAACAAAACUUUUGAGAUUGAAUGUGAUGCAUCUGGAGUUGGAAUAGGAGCUGUUUUGAUGCAGGAAGGAAAGCCAAUUGCUUAUUUUAGUGAAAAGUUGAAUGGAGCAGCCUUGAAGUAUCCAACAUAUGACAAGGAGCUCUAUGCACUUAAAAGAGCAUUAGAGAAUUGGCAACACUACCUUUGGCCUAAACAAUUUGUAAUUCAUACUGAUCAUCAAUCUUUGAAGCACAUUAAGGGUCAAGGUAAGCUGAACAAGAGACAUGCAAGGUGGCUGGAAUUUAUUGAGACAUUUCCGUAUGUCAUCAGAUACAAGAAAGGUAAAGAAAAUGUGGUGGCUGAUGCAUUGUCAAGAAGGAUUGAUGGGUACUUGUUUAAAGAAAACAGAUUGUGUGUGCCUCAAUGUUCUUUGCGAGAAUUACUUGUGAGAGAAGCACAUGGGGGAGGAUUAAUGGGUCACUUUGGUGUGAAAAAGACUUUGGAUGUUUUGCAUGAACAUUUCUUUUGGCCUAAAAUGAAACGUGAUGUGGAAAGAAUCUGUGCUAAAUGCAUAACUUGUAAAAAGGCUAAAUCUAGAGUCUUGCCACAUGGUUUGUACACCCCAUUACCUGUGCCUAGUGAACCUUGGGUAGAUAUAUCAAUGGAUUUUAUUUUGGGUUUACCUAGGUCAAGAAAGGGUAUGGAUUCCAUAUUUGUGGUUGUCGAUAGAUUUUCUAAAAUGGCACAUUUCAUUGCUUGCCAUAAAACUGAUGAUGCCACAUACAUUGCUGAUUUGUUCUUUAAGGAAAUUGUAAGACUUCAUGGUGUUCCUAAAAGUAUUGUUUCUGAUAGGGAUACAAAAUUCUUGAGUCAUUUUUGGAGGAUUUUGUGGGGUAAGCUGGGUACUAAAUUAUUGUUUUCUACUGCUUGUCAUCCACAAACUGAUGGACAAACUGAGGUAGUUAAUAGAACUUUAACUCAAUUGCUUAGAACUGUGAUUCAAAAGAACUUGAAGAAUUGGGAAAAUUGCUUGUCAUUCAUUGAAUUUGCUUACAAUAGGAGUGUGCACUCAUCUACUGAUUAUUCUCCUUUUGAAAUAGUGUAUGGUUUUAAUCCACUAACUCCCUUGGAUUUAUUACCAUUGCCUAUGGUGUGGGUGCAUAUGAGGAAAGAAAGAUUUCCAGCUCAAAGAAAGUCCAAAUUAGCUCCAAGAGGAGAUGGUCCAUUUCAAGUGCUUGAAAGAAUCAAUGACAAUGCUUACAAAAUUGAAUCUGGGAAUUCAUUGAAACCUAAUUAUUAUUGGGAUGAUUCAGCAUUUGAGGUUGAGAAAUGUUGUAUUAAGGAAAGAAGUAGAAUGGCUUGUUAUGGCUAUAAUAGUGACUCAGAGGGUUCAAUUAACCAGAGGAGACAAGGAGAACCUUUCCCUCAAUGGUUCGAUAUUGUAGCGGACUUCUACUAUGACACCUUACGGGCGAGUAACCCUCUACCUGACAUAGCCAUAGUUGCUUCUAAUGACCCUCAGAGGAUUGCGGUCAUUGAAAUAUCUGAUGAUAAUAGAGCUAGACCUACUAACGUCAAACUACUUCCAAUCACCAAAGAAUUCCACACCAUAGAGGAUUUAGCCAAGGACUUUAGGGAGAGAGACUAG